CUUUUUCUUUUUUUUUCUUUUUUUUGCCUCUUUUAGGUACAUCACCCAUUUCAGAAAUUUGCCUUAAAACCAUUCUAUUCCCUUUCCUUUGUCCAGAAAAGGAAACCCAUUUUUUCUUUCUCUCUAAAAAUCCAUUGCAGUACCUAUUUAUUUUAUUUUAUUUUUUAAAAUUCUUACAGCAGAAACCCAGAAGGACAACAUAGAAAUACACGAGGUGUGUAAAAGAUUGAUCUUGUAAUUUUGGGAGAGAAAAAAAAGAAGAAGAAUGACAAGGCAAAAAAUUCAGAUAAAGAAAAUAGACAACAUAGCAGCAAGGCAAGUGACAUUUUCAAAGAGGAGAAGAGGGCUAUUCAAAAAAGCUCAUGAACUUGCAACUCUUUGUGAUGCUGAUAUUGCUCUCAUUGUUUUUUCUGCUUCUGGAAAGCUUUUUGAUUAUUCUAGCUCAAGCAUGUUGGAGUUACUAAGGAGACAUAAUAUGCUACCCGAGCUGAAUAACUUUAGCCAGCCUCCAUCUCAGUUGGAAAAGAGUGCCUAUGUUAAAUUGACUGAGGAAUUUGCAGCCAAGACCAAAGAACUUAGGCAUAUGAAGGGAGAGGAGCUUCAAGGACUUGGAAUAGAAGAAUUAAAGCAACUGGAGAAAUUGCUUGAGAUUGGUUUGAAUCGUGUAAUAGAGACCAAGGAUGAAAAGUUUCUUAAAGAGAUUGGUGCUGUGAAGGAGAAGGAAGCUUUACUAAUGGAAGAGAAUCAGAGACUGAGAAAUAAAAUUGAAACUUUGAAUGGAGAUCAGCAAGAACAGCAAGCAGUGGCUGUUGUUGGUGGAAAUUCUUUGGGGUCAAAGUCAAACACUAGCAAUAGCAGCUCCUCAACAAACCCUAAUUCUCAAGAUUAUGAUGACAUUUCUCUUAAAUUGGGUCUUUGAAGGCACAAAGUUAUGCACUUCCUUGGAGCAAACUUGGCAAUGCAAAACUCAGCCUUUUCUCUAAUGGAAGCUUUACUAAUCUCAUGGACUGCCAAAGCACAUUCCUAUUUGCAUAGAGAAAUUAAAAGGAUGUGAAAAAGGCAUGCAUUAACUUAAUCACCAUGUACUUAUUUCAAUCCUAAUUCAUUUAAUUUCAUAUAUAUGACAUGUUUUCAAUGUCAAAAAAGAGUUAUAUACCAUGAAUAUUUACUGUUUCUUUCUGCAUAUCAAUUGAUUAAGAGUUGAUAUAUA